UUUUUGUUGUUGUUGUUGUUGAAACACGUACAAUCCAAACAAACAAUUGUAAAAUUGAAUUAACACGCAUACAUUGACUGUUGAUGUUUCGUUGUUUGUUUUUGUUGUUUUGCUCAAUCCACGGGUUAGUUUGACUAACCAAAAUCAUCAUUCAUAAUCAAAAAACAACAACGAACAAAAUAAUAAUUAAAAAUCAUCACAUCAUCAUCCUUCAUCAUCAUUUGUAAAAGAAAACUGAAUUUGUAAAUUUAAAAAAUAUAGAAAAUUAUAAAUAAAAUAAAAAUAUAAAAUAUAAAAAAUGACAACACCAACAAAACGUCGUUUGAUGCGUGAUUUUAAACGAAUUCAAGAUGAUCCACCACCGGGUAUUAGUGCUGCACCACAUGAUAAUGAUAUAAUGCGUUGGAAUGCUGUUAUUUUUGGGCCACCAGGUACACCAUAUGAAGAUGGUACAUUUCAUUUAACAUUACAAUUUUCUGAUGAUUAUCCAAAUAAACCACCAUCAGUAAAAUUUGUAUCAAAAAUGUUUCAUCCAAACAUUUAUACUGAUGGUAGUAUUUGUUUAGAUAUAUUACAAACACGUUGGAGUCCAACAUAUGAUGUAUCAGCAAUAUUAACAUCAAUACAAUCAUUAUUAGAUGAACCAAAUCCAAAUUCACCUGCAAAUGCAUUAGCAGCACAAUUAUUUAUGGAAAAUCGUAAUGAAUAUAUAAAACGUGUUUCAGCUAUUGUUGAAUCUAGUUGGAUUGAAUCAGUUGAUAAUGUUAUUGAUGAUCCAUCAAAAUCAUGUCCAUCAACAUCAUCAACAACAUCAUCAUCAUCAACAACGGCUAAUAAUCAAUCAAAUGAUCGAUAAUAAAUCAAAUCAAAAUCUAUCUACAUCAUCAAAUCGACUAACACUAACAUGCAUUUUCAUUUGGAUUGAAUUUCACAUCUUCUCCCCUUUAACCCCUUCCAUACUAAUUGACUGUUUGUUUUUUGUUUCUGUUUUUCUGUUUUUUCAUUUGAUUUGUUUGUUUGUUGCUAAUAUCGUUGUUUAUUCCAAAAAAAAAAAAAAA